GCGCACGGUCUUGGUCACGUGGUGUAGGAAACCCGGAAGAAAAACAUGGCCGUCUGUUCAUGCUGAUCAACGAAUUUCAGAACCCACCGGGAACAUUUAAUCUUCCACAACUUCACACAGCAGAGAUGAGCUGUAGUUUCCUGGAUGAGGAGCGUUUCCGCUGGUGCUGCCGGCUCCUCCUGCAGCAGUCGGAGCAGCUCAGAGAUGGAUGGAGCUGGGAGGCGGUCCAGGGGUCAGAGGAAGGCUUCCUGAGGAAGACCAUGGUCAGGUCAGUUCCUGCUGACUGGAUGGCUCCUCAGAGAGGUUCCCGUCUCUUCAGUCUGGAAACACAGGAACAGGAGACGGAGCAGCCCGGCAGCCUCAGAGAGGAUGAAGAAGAUGAAGAUGUCUGCACGGUAAAGGAUGGCAGCAGCCUGCAGCUCCAGUACGAGUACCACAUCCUGUACUCCUGCAGCUACGCUGUCCCUGUUCUGUACUUCAGAGCCUCCACACUGGAGGGAAGGAGUCUGACGUUGGAGGAGGUGUGGAGCUCCAUCCAUCCAAGCUUCAGGGUUCAUCUCCAGAGCUGUCCUCUGAACGCAGUCAGUCAGCAGGAGCAUCCUCUGCUGGGUCAGCCCUUCUUCUUCCUCCACCCCUGCAGAACUGAGGAGUUCAUGAGACCCGUGGUGGAGGCAGCUCAAAACCACAGCAGGCCAGUGAAUUACGUGCUGUCGUGGCUCAGUGCGGUGGGUCCUGUGGUGGGUCUGGAUCUUCCUCUGCAGUACUCCACCCAGCUCCAUCCUGCAGCUUCACCCAGCAGCAGCAGCAUGGAGGCGGACUGAAGACACAGCUGUGGUUCUUCAUCUCAUGGAAAGUCUUCUUGGUGUUUGGUGGUACAAUAGAACAAUGUAAAGCCAGAGAAGAUUCUGGAACAUCUGAAUUGUUUUACCUCCAUGAUGAGAGUGAAUCUGUUUGUAAAUGUUGGGAUGUCCUACAUGAGGCUCUGGUACCUGAAGUGUCCUCAGACUCUCGGGAGCAGAAGCCAGAGGAUGGUUUGCGCACUCCUGUUCUUCAGCAUGAGAGUCCAUGUGAUGUCUUCUGAUGUAACCCAGUCUCUAGAAGACUUUUCAGGGUAUUUAAUCUUUUUUUUUUCUCAAUAACAUGAUAAUUCCACUUCCCUUCUAGCCUUCCUCACCCUCUUUCUGAACCUCCACUGACACACUUACUAUGUGUUACUUACUAUAGUUCCUUACUAUGACUUCACUCUGAGCUUCCAGAAGAGACUGGUGGAGUUAUUGGACCAUCCCUGCUGUCUCCCUGAACUGGAAGUGUCCCUGGAUCUCUCUCAGUUCGACCCCUUUCUGAAGAAACCUCAUCUGAAAGCCAGUUUGUCUGUGAAUUACUGACCCGUCUCCAAGCUCAAGUUCUCAUCCAGGAUUUCAGACAUGAAGUGUUAGAAACUGAAGAAUAAUUAAACAAUUUUCAGUGUUGCCAAUGAUCUUCUGGAGGACUUGAUACUGUUGGUCAUGAUGAUUGAUCUGACUUGUGGGCAGGGGUUAAAUUUGUCCUGCAUCAUGUGACCUCAAGCAAUAAACCUUUAUCAUGGUUUUUGUUCUAAAUAAUUGAAAUAAUAUUUUUUAAGAAUUAAGACAAUGAAACUUAUUUGUAGUUCUUUUUUGUCUGCUGUAACAUACCAGAUACCAAGAACACAAGUAUAUCAAAGACCAGAUUGUAUAACUAAUUUAUCUUUUCUUAUUUUUGUUUACUUGUCAAAAGUAAGGUUGAGUUUUAGGAUGAGUAGUUAACUUUUUGUGGGCAUUUUAUUUUAAUAGUUUGUAAUAAAUUUCUUAUUGGA